AUGUGGAGCACAGGGUCAGUCAAAUGUGGAGCACAGGGUCAGGACUCCAAUGUGGAGCACAGGUCCGCUGUCUCCGGGGACCACCACGGGCUCCACCACCCCCGGGAGAGGCCGGCCAUGGCAGCCCGUGUGUCCUUCACUCAGCUGCGGGUAGAGGCGGAGCUGGAGCGGCUCCGGGCCGAGUGUCAGUGGGACCGGAUCCCCGCGGCCGUGGAACACAUGCACGCGGCGAGGAUCCAUGAGGACGCUCGUGUCCCCCCUCCCUCCCCCUGCCUCCCCCUCUCCCCCCUCUCCCCCCUCUGA